CUUUCGAACAUGGAGCACGAAGACGCAUACGAACAGCUGAAUGCGUCGACGUGGACGCCUGUUUUGGACGAUGUAGACGUCCAACAAGCUUCAUCGAAGGUGGAUGAUAUAGACAACACGAUUGCAAGCAUUUCAAGCCCCUCCACGCUUGAAUGCGCCGCCUGUAGCCCGAGUUAUAUACCACCAAACAUUGACGAAUCUGUUGGAUUAACACCCGAUGAAGUGGCGGAGCUAUUGAAGGCCUUAGACGCCUCUGAAGGCUCCGACCUUCCUGUUCAAGAUUCUGCAAUAUCUCAAGACAUUGUAGCUCGAGACUCGUCUCCAAAACAGCAGAACCAAGGGAGAAAAGCAGGUCGGAAGAAGGUCACCGAUCCCAACACUGGAAAGAUGAGAAACCCAUCACGAGAGCGUCUCCAGAACGAACUGGCUUACCUCCGAAAGAAAGUCGUGGAGCUAGAGAGAGAAUUAAGAGUGCUACAUCUCGGAAAACGCUCGAAUUUGAGCUUAACGGGGUCAAAUCCGAGAAAAGAGGGAGGAAAUGGAGCCAGUGCUCGCGUUUGGCAGCGAAUCGCCCAGCGACAAGCUCAAAAUCGAGACGAAGCUGAAGCAGAGAAUAGAAGACUCAAGACAGUGUUACAAGGACAGAUUCAACUGGCUCAGAGACUGGAACAAGUGCUGCAUAAGAGGCCAAAUGUGUCGGUUUUUACAGAUUCCAGGACCAGUUCGACCAAGAAGAGACUAUGUCUGGGUAGUGAAGACUCUACCAGUAUGUAUGACCUCUUCUUGAGUGAACUAGACGGUCUAUAUGCACAGACAGAUGGCAUUUUCCAUCAAAAUGGGAUGGAAAUGUCGGUGGAUGACUCGCUAAGGAAAGCUUACGUAAGGACGAGGAAGGGAUCUACGGACCAGGACGAACUGUACGCUGAGCUACAGGACGUGAAUAUUAUACCAUUCCACUUCGAGAAGGCGGCAACUGCGAUGUGGUAUGCAGUUAAGCGGCGGUAUAGUAAGAAUCGGUAUCAUUCCUACCAGAGGAUGGAGCUGAUCGAUGAUACGAUCGCAGUGAAGUACCGUAGUCCAUGCAAAAAACGUGGGGUUGAUACGUGGCUGGAUGGCAUUAUGGUCAUGCGGCGAUACGUGGAAAAGGAUCGAUUGGCUAUCGUCUGGAGGUCUGUAUCACGUGGGGAAGAUGAGUUCUCUGGCAUGUACACGGACGAAACUGGUUGGAGCGUCCUCAAGCGUAUCCCUCCAGACUCCGGUCUUGGAUUAUCAGGCUGCGUCAUGCACAACUGUGUCCACAUUGUGCCUAAACGAGUAGACUAUUCGGCUUCUAUCCCACCAAACGAGAUUGGACUACUCACAAAUCUGGUGAUUGAUUCCUACGAAGACGAUGUGAUUGCAUUGAGCACGAUGGUGGAGGAUUUAUUGCUGCAAGAAGCUGUGGUACCAACUAGGAUGGCUUUGGGUGGCAGUCAAAGCUAUUGAGUAGCUGUCCGAGUGGGCGGGUCAAGGAUCGAUUGCGGCACCCAAUUGGCUUUAAGCAGCUUUACUUAUGAUUUUUUUAUUCUGCUCGCCCUUGGAGUAUGUCUGGACUCGCCGUUGUUUUGUUCACGGUAUCUUCAAAGCAGUAGACAAUGAAUACAAACGCUCACUUGUGGCUUACUAACGAUGCGGAGAUACAAGUGGCAAGUGCUGAAGCGAUCGGCUAGCUGUAGUGUACAUAUUUUACGUCGUUGUGGCGUUCACCACAAUAAAACAAGCAACUUCAACAGUCGUUCUCUGUGACUUUCUACGGUUCUUGCAGUGAGGUAUGAACGCCAAAAGGGCAAACCCAAUGACGUCAACACCGCUAUGGUGCACUUCUCACUGCACACUGACGGUAUAGUCAGCUUUACGAGUAAAAAAACACUUAGUUAACGUUUAGUUGAAACUACUAACUCGUUCAUGUAUUGGAC